AUGGAAAGAUUUGUUAAGAGAAAGUCAUCAUUGGGUAGUUCGGAUAGUGUGGGUAGUUCAAGAACUUCAAGUUCAAGACAAAGUGAGUUAGAUGAGGUUUUGGCUAAUCUUCAGGCAGACCCGGGACUAAGAAUUCGUAUGAUGGAGUAUGAUACUAAUAUUAGAGAUGAGGUUCGAAGAGCAUAUCUACAAAAAGGGCCUUGUCAACCUAGAGGUCAUUCUUUCCCACAAAGUAAUAUCUCAGGAAUUAAUCGACGCUUCAUUCCCCAAUGGUUUGAUGAAUUUGAUUGGUUGGAGUAUAGUGUAUCUAAAGAUGCUGCAUUUUGUCUUUAUUGCUAUCUCUUUAAAUCCAAUUUUGAACAAGUGGGUAGUGAAGCCUUCACUGGAGCAGGGUUUACGAAUUGGAAGAAAGGGAGAGAAAGAAUGAAGGUGCAUGUUGGACCGGUUGGUAGUGUUCAUAAUAAAGCUAGAGAAGCUGCUACAAAUUUGAUGAAUCAAAAUACACAUAUUGAAACGGCUGUGAGCAAACACUCCGAACAAGCUCGUGUGGCAUAUCGAAGAUGCUUAAUUGCAUCAAUCAAGUGCACUAAGUUUCUAUUGAGACAAGGUCUUUCUUUUCGUGGAAAUGAUGAAAGUGCCACUUCAAGCAAUAGGGGAAAUUACUUGGAGCUAUUGCAAUUCCUUGCGGACAAUGAUAAGAAAGUUAAAGAAGUUGUGUUGGAAAAUGCUCUGGGAAAUCUCAAGUUAGUAGCUCCAAGUAUUCAAAAAGAUAUUGUCAAUGCAUGUGCGGGGGAAACACUUGAUGUUAUCGUGGGUGGUUUAAAAGAUAGAUUCUUUUCUAUAUUGGUGGAUGAAGCACGUGAUAUUUCGGUGAAAGAGCAAAUGGCUAUGGUGUUGCGUUAUGUGGACGACUCCGGGCAUGUAAUUGAAAGGUUUGUGGGGGUUCAACAUGUUACCGACACCACUUCAAGUUCACUAAAGGAUGCCAUUGACAUAUUCUUUUCUUCCAAUGGUUUGAGCUUUUCUAAGUUACGAGGACAAGGUUAUGAUGGAGCUAGCAAUAUGAGAGGUGAGUUGAAUGGCCUUAAAACAAAGAUUUUGAGAGAACAACCUUGUGCAUACUAUGUUCAUUGCUUUGCUCAUCAACUUCAACUAGCACUUGUUGCCGUAGCAAAGAAGAAUAUUGAUAUUGCCUCUUUCUUCACAACCACUAAUAGUGUGGUUAACCAUGUUGGAGCAUCUUGUAAGCGGCGUGAUGCACUUAGAGCACAACUUCAAGAAGAGCUUGUGGUAGCUUUUGAAAAUGAUUGUCUUAUCACGGGGCGAGCUAUAUUGGGACUCACAAAUGAUGUGUCACAAGCAUUGCAAAAGAAAGAUCAAGAAAUUGUGAAUGCAAUGGCUUUGGUGAAAUCAUGCAAGGAAAAGCUACAUUGGAUGAGGAAUAAUGGGUUUGAUGCAUUGGUUGAAGAGGUGUCUUCAUUUUGUGAUAAACAUCAUAUUGAUGUUCCUAACAUGGAUGAGGCAUUCGUACUUCAAGGGAGGUCAAGGCGUAAUGCUCCAAUAAAGACAAAUCGUCAUUAUUAUCGUGUGGAGCUCUUUAUUUAUGUCAUUGAUGAGCAACUUACGGAGUUGGAUGAUCGUUUUAAUGAGGUAAAUACUGAGUUGCUUAUUUGUUUGGCAUGUUUGAGUCCGAAUGAUUCAUUUGUAGCUUUUGAUAAACAAAAGCUACUUCGUGUUGCUCAAUUUUAUCCUCAAGACUUUUCGGAUGGGGAUCUUUUGGCACUUGAAGAUCAACUUGAGCUUUAUAUUCAUUAUGUGUGUUCGAGUAGUGAUUUCUCUAACUUGCAAGGGAUUGGUGAUCUUGCAAAAAAAAUGGUGGAGACAAGGAUGCAUCGAUCAUUCAAUUAUGUGUAUUUGCUUAUUACAUUGGCUCUAGUUUUACCGGUUGCUACUGCUUCAGUCGAGAGGGCAUUUUCCGUCAUGAAUAUUAUCAAAGGUCCACUUCGGAACAAAAUGGGAGAUCAGUGGUUGAGUGAUAGCUUACUUGUUUACGUUGAGAAGGAUGUUUUUGAUUGUAUUGAAAAUGAAGCUAUAAUGCUACGUUUUCAAAAUAUGAAACCUCGUCGUGGCCAAUUGUAA